AUGCAGUACAAGAACUUGGGGAAAUCGGGAUUGAAGGUGAGCAAUCUCUCGUUCGGAGCGUGGGUUACGUUUGGGAACCAGCUCGAUGUGAAAGAAGCCAAGUCGAUUCUUCAGUGUUGCCGGGAUCACGGAGUCAAUUUCUUCGACAACGCCGAGGUUUACGCCAAUGGUCGCGCGGAGGAGAUUAUGGGUCAGGCGAUUCGUGAGCUGGGCUGGCGCAGAUCGGACAUCGUCGUCUCCACUAAGAUCUUCUGGGGUGGUCCUGGCCCCAACGAUAAGGGUUUAUCGAGGAAGCAUAUCGUCGAAGGAACUAAAGCUUCUCUCAAACGGCUCGAUAUGGAGUACGUCGAUGUCCUCUAUUGCCACAGGCCGGAUUCUUCGACGCCUAUCGAAGAGACAGUGAGGGCAAUGAACUAUGUGAUAGAUAAAGGUUGGGCAUUCUACUGGGGAACAAGUGAAUGGACAGCUCAACAGAUCACAGAGGCUUGGGGAGCUGCUGACAGGUUGGAUUUGGUCGGUCCCAUCGUCGAGCAGCCUGAAUACAACAUGUUCGCUAGGCACAAAGUUGAGUCAGAGUUUCUUCCUCUGUACACAAACCAUGGGAUAGGUCUCACCACUUGGAGCCCACUCGCAUCUGGUGUCCUCACUGGUAAAUACAACAAGGGAGCUAUUCCUUCAGACAGCCGAUUUGCAUUGGAGAACUACAAAAACCUUGCCAAUAGAUCACUUGUGGAUGACGUUCUGAGGAAAGUUAGCGGGCUCAAACCGAUUGCUGAUGAGCUGGGUGUAACCUUGGCUCAGCUCUCGAUCGCGUGGUGUGCUUCAAAUCCUAAUGUCUCAUCCGUUAUCACUGGUGCCACAAGGGAGGCACAGAUUCAAGAAAACAUGAAGGCUGUUGAUGUUAUCCCAAUGUUAACACCACACGUUCUGGAGAAGAUCGAGCAAGUGAUACAGAGCAAACCGAAACGUCCUGAAUCAUACCGGUAA